AUGUUCUCCCAACGGCGCAUUCGUGUCCUCGCUGCCACGGCGUUGGUCACGUUUAUAUUGUACUUGUACUACUCGGGCACUUUGCAGGGCGAUUCUCAGAGUGUACAAAACCAAAAAUUCUACCAGUCAACCGUGACCGCAAUAAAUGCGGAGAAAGAGGCCGCAGCGAACAUAAAGACAGGCGGUCAUCUACCUAAUGCGGACAAAGAACAUCCAAGCUUCAAACCGAGUGAAGAAUAUACUUAUUUCGUUGGCGAUGAUCAAGAGCAGCCGGCCAUUCCACGGGCGCAGCCGGAUCCGCAGCAGCAACUCGAAAUCUCCGAGAAACAGGAUACGGAGGAGAUUUCGAUUGCCGGCCGGACAAAGAUGGCUGUUUACAAGGAAAAGGGCCGAAAUGGUGAAGGUGGAACUUAUGCCGAGACUGAGGCUGUGCCUGUAGAGGGGGACGAAGACGAGAAAGAGAAGCAGCAGCAGCAGCAGCUACAACAACUAGAGGAUGAGCAUAAGGCGACGAAGGCUGAAUUGAACGACAUAUUGAAGCGGUCGCCAAUUAUCAUCUUCUCCAAAUCCUACUGUCCCUACAGCAAAAAAGCCAAAACAAUCCUUCUGGAUAGAUACUCAAUUAUACCAACGCCUUUCGUGGUAGAGCUUGACCAACACCAGCUUGGUCCACAGCUACAGUCGCUUCUAGGGGAGAAUACCGGUCGUCGGACUGUACCGAACGUCCUGGUAAAUGGGAGAAGUAUUGGUGGCGGGGAUGAUAUUGUUGCUCUUGACGAGCAUGACGAGCUGGCAUCGAGAUUGAAAAGUCUAGCUGGCAAGUGGCUUCAAGAAGUCCAGCGAAAAGAGACCUGA